AUGCAUCUGAAUCCAUGUUCCAGUGACUCUUGCGAGAUAGCCUCUGCAAUCGCAAAAGAAUCAGACGCCGAGCUCGUCGUUGUCACAGAUGGAUGUCACGGGGCAGUGGGUGUGCUACCAGACGGAGUGCAAGUGACAGUUCCCGCACACAGGGCAGACCAUGUCAGGGACACGACGGGGGCCGGGGAUGCCUUUCUUGGAGGAAUGCUCGCUCAAGCUGUUUCAGAUCAUAGAGUGCGCCUGCCAAAAUGCAAAGACACAUUAACAGAAAUGCUUCAGUGGGGUUCAAAGUGCGCGUCCUUAUGUGUCGGACAAGCUGGAGCAUUGCCACCUUUGCUUGACGGAGGUGAGGAAACUUCGUAUGGCAUGUAA